CUGUUGUGAUUAAACAUGAAAUUCUUACUUGUGUUGCUGUCAUUAUAGCACUGAAAUGAUCUGUUAUGUCAGUCUAGAGACUACUAUUGAAAGGCCUGUGUGUAGGUUGUAUGUUAGCUCUCUGGAGACAGUUUCCGAUCAACAGACCAGAUGAGUCUGACAAUGAUUUGACACCAAAGUGUCAUAUCUCAUAGUUGUGCCUUUUGCUCCAGCUGGCAGAAUAUAUACUCAGCUGCUUAAUUUCGUUUCCCUGAUCAGAGUAUCUUGCUGUGUUUGACAUUUCUGCUUGCCCUGCCUGCUCAUUGUUGAGAUUACCAGGCGUGUUUGGCACCUAAUGUAAUUCUAAAUGUAAAUUUGCUGACGGGAUAAUAGUGCAGGUCGUGUAUGUUAAUUGGGCUUUUCCAAGGCGUUGUCUCCAAAUGCAAACAGGGGAUGAUUUUGCAUGAAAGGUAAAGCCUCUUACUUUAGACAGAGUAGACUUUCAGUUAAAUUCCAGCCCUAGUUUAAAAGUUACUGACUGCAAAUGCAAGGUACAUAUUGUACUAUGUAAAUGCCAACCCGUGGCUGUGUCAAUGCGGACCUCGGGCAGAGUCUCUCUUUGCGCUCUAUUAAAUCCCUUCUAGGAGUCUAAAGCAGAAGCUAUUAUUUCUUUAUGAUCGAAUUUGCUCAGUAAACUUCGUCGUCUUUAUUAAAUUAUUGUAUAUCCACUUUGUUUUUUAUUCUAGGGACAUUUUAUUUUUUAUAACAACCGAUUCAAUUGGUUCAGGUGCGUCACCUAAUUUCUGAUGCGUAAAAAAGACCGUGUGCGUCUCUUUGGAUGUUAUUUAAAAAUAAAUUAAAAAUAAAAACCCUCUGUGAUCGUGUGUGUGUAGGUCAAGGUAGAAGUGGCUUUAACCUUGCUGAAGGACAGCUGUAUUUACUGACGUAUGUAAAUGAAUAUAGGGGAGGUCCUUGGGCAAAAACACGCACACAGGCACACACACUGAAUCAGUUUCACGUUGCAGCUCCGGAGUUCCUGUGUGGAAGGGAAAAACGAGACGUGGCGAAAUCUGCUCAGCAAACCAUGCAGGAUGAUUUACUGAUGGACAAAAACAAAGCCCAGCCUCACCAUCAGCAAGAUCCGACACAAGCAGACCCUCCUCCCUCCACACCGACCCCGUCAUCGGAGCCCGCUUCUUCUUCAUCCGAGUCGGAGAGUCCGUCGACCGGGAACAACCAAGCGGCUUCAGCGCUGAGCAGCGGCAGCAAGGACAAAGCGCCGAUGGAGUCGCCGAUCCUACCCGGCUUGAGCUUCCACCACCAGCCGCAGGAGACCGGCGGCCCCCUUUCCUCCCCUCCGUCAUCGUUUGGGAGCACUUGGUCCACUGGAACCACAAAUGCCGUGGACGAUAGCUUUUUCCAGGGAAUACCCUCGGUGAACGGGACGAUGCUUUUCCAGAACUUCCCCCACCACGUCAACCCGGUAUUCGGGGGUAAUUUCUCUCCGCAGAUCGGUCUGGCUCCCCAGUCGCAACAGCAUCAGCAGCAAGCCCAGCAGCAGCAGCAGCCCCAGCAGAGGAGAUCCCCCGUCAGCCCCAACCAAGGGCCGUUCCCACAGAGAAACGCUUAUCAGACCAUCAUGAAUAACAGCAAGGGGACCUCGUCGUCAUCUUCUCCUUCGUCGUCCGCUUGGAAUAAUCACCAAAACGCGGCGUGGAGCACAGCCUCGAACCCCUGGAGCGGGCUGCAGCCAGGCAGGGACCCACGCAGAGCGGUGGGUGUCGGGGUAGGGGUCGGGGUUGGAGUUGGUGUCGGAGUGCCGUCACCCCUGAACCCAAUCUCCCCAAUGAAAAAGCCCUAUAGCAGCAAUGUUAUAGCACCCCCAAAAUUCCCACGACCCGGUCCACUCGGCCCCAAACCCUGGAUGGAGGACGGCGCAUUCAGGACUGACAACAGCAACAGCAUACUGCCUUUCCAGGACCGGAAUCGGCCCUUUGAUGCUUUUAGCUUGCACUCUUUGGAGAAUUCCUUAAUGGAUAUGAUAAGGACUGACCAUGACAAAGGUAAACCACACCCUGCCGGUGGCCCACCAAUGACUAUCGCUGAUAUUAUAUGGAGGAAUCAUUUUGCAGGACGUAUGGGCCUCAACUUUCAUCAUCCUGGGGCGGACCACAUAAUGUCAUUGAACACCCGGAGCUAUGGCCGAAGAAGAGGUCGUUCCUGUCUUUUUCCCUAUGAAGAUGGCUUUCUUGACGACGGCCAUGGUGAUCCCUCCUUAACUCCAGGCCUGAACUCGCCAACCCGUGGUCAGAACGGAGAGAGGAUGGAGCGCUACUCCAGGAAGGUCUUUGUUGGAGGCCUCCCUCCUGACAUAGACGAAGAUGAAAUCACCAACAGUUUCCGUCGCUAUGGGCACCUGGUGGUAGACUGGCCCCACAAAGCUGAGAGCAAAUCCUACUUCCCCCCUAAAGGCUAUGCCUUCCUGCUUUUCCAGGAAGAAUCUUCUGUUCAGGCCCUGAUUGAUGCCUGCAUUGAGGAAGAUGGAAAACUCUACCUGUGUGUAUCCAGUCCCACAAUCAAAGACAAACCAGUCCAGAUCCGUCCCUGGAACCUGAGCGACAGUGACUUUGUCAUGGAUGGCUCCCAGCCUCUGGAUCCCCGCAAGACCAUCUUUGUUGGGGGGGUGCCACGGCCCCUGCGUGCAGUGGAGCUGGCUAUGAUCAUGGACAGGCUGUACGGAGGUGUUUGCUAUGCUGGCAUCGACACGGACCCAGAGCUCAAAUACCCAAAGGGAGCCGGCCGCGUGGCCUUCUCCAAUCAGCAGAGCUACAUCGCUGCCAUCAGCGCUCGCUUCGUUCAGCUGCAGCACAAUGACAUCGACAAAAGGGUGGAGGUCAAGCCGUACGUCUUGGACGACCAGAUGUGCGACGAGUGCCAGGGGGCACGCUGUGGGGGCAAGUUCGCCCCCUUCUUCUGUGCCAACGUCACCUGCCUGCAGUACUACUGCGAGUACUGCUGGGCCAGCAUCCACUCACGGGCCGGCCGAGAGUUUCACAAGCCACUGGUGAAGGAAGGGGGCGACCGCCCUCGACACGUGUCCUUCCGCUGGAGCUGAGGGAGUUGGUUGAGUCCAAGAGCCAGCCCUGCCUAACCCCCCGCCCCUCCUCCCCAGUGAACCCACGCCAACCUGCCCCCAAAAAUCCUCCUGCAGCCCGGGACAGCGCUGGAACCCUCCUCCCCAAAGCCCCAUCCAUCCACCCUGCAUCCCACAAACACCUCAUGAUUAAAAAAAAGGCAGAAGUGAUGCCAUCAAAGACAUGGGACUUUCUUCACAGCACACAGCUCUGAACUCAUCGUCUAGUGUUCCCCCCGACGAUGAAGCUUUGUGGGGGAAUUGAAAUGCGAAAGUCCAUGAGCUUAGAAUUUGCACUUUGGCACAAAAUCUUACUAAACACACACACAAACACACACGCACACAGGAUGGUAUGUUAGGCCCCUGGCUACUUUUAGUUCCCUGUUCUGUUGACUAGGUGGUGUGGUACGUCCUGUUGGACCUCCCUCCCCUUUACUAAGACAGAGGUGGAACCAUGCAAAUAUUUAAAAUAUACAUAUAUAAAUAUAUAUAAAUAUAUAUAUUUUGUUUUGUACCUAUCUAUACAUCUAUAGAUAAUUUAAAUUUUACGUAAAAGGAGCAUGCACUUAUUUUCAAAACCUGUAGUUAUAUUGCCCCUGAUUUAAGAAGAAAAAAGAACUACCAAAGGCAAAUGAAAUUAAUGCAUACUGAGGAGCAAAAUAGGUGGCAUAAUAUGUAGCAAGAUUCAACAGCUAUCCAGUAGUGUGGAGUUAAAAAGAAAAAAAAAUAACACGGCUAUAUUCGCUCUCCAUUUUGACUCUGAAAAUAUUAAUACCUCAUAUGCGCAAUCAGAUCAGUUUGCUUUCUAGGUCUUUAUUUUUGAUAAUAACAUUAUUUUUUAGUGUUAUGUAAAUGUAAUGCUGCAAUAGCUUUGCUGCUAAAUCCAUGGUAUAAACAGAUACCAUAACUUUAUUCAGGCUAGGGUGUAAAAUAACAGCAGAUGUAGAGAGAAGCACCUGGUGGGUUUUUUUACGUUUUCUUGUUUUUCCCUCCUAAAUUAAAUGAGAGCUGUGGCAGGGGGAGGGGGCGCCCCCAGGCAGAGACGGCUAACUUUUGUGUGUGUGUGUGUGUGUGCGUGUGUGUGUGUGUGUGCGUGUGUGUGCGUGUGUGCG